UGUGACUGUUGAACUGUUUUAGGUGCAGCAUUGGAGACAGAAAAGAUAAAUACAUGCUUUUGAAUCACGCAAACUUCAUGUCGAUGCCUUAGAUAUCAGUGCAAAAGUUAAGCCAGCCAAGUACAAAAAACUGAGACACGCCCUGGAUUGUGUCACAGGUCAGACCGGUUCUUUCCUCACCCUCCUCCUUAUAGAUUUGAACUCUGAUCAGAUUCCCCAAAAGACCAGGACUGACGUGACAGAAUGAGCUGCAUCUUUUCUCCCAGUGUUCAAUCGACACAUUGAAGUGGAAACUGUCCUUAAGUCAACCUGAAGCGAGUUCAGGUUUGAGCUUUGUGAUGGAUCAGUGUGAGAACGAAGAGGAGGGAGACGGUCCCUCUAAAACCACCCUGCAUCAGGAACAUGAAGCUCAGAGCCCAGAGCAGCAGUACACACCAGACUCUCCUGAACCUGGACCUAGACCUGGAUCUGCAGCCAGCUGUGUGUCCCUGAAGAGUGCUCAGUCCAUGACUCCACCACCAGAUUUUAAACAGCCAGAGACAGAGAUGCAGCAGCAGAGACCGGACGGUCCUGAACUGAGCCAUGUGUCCAUGAAAAGUGACCAGUCUAUGGUUGAUCCUCUUACCUUUGACAAUAAAGGAGUACAGCAGACAGACUCAAAGGUUCUUAGCGAUCAGUCCACUGAGCGACAUCAAGUAGACCUGGACUCCAUAAUAAUGCUGCUUGAGGAGAGCAUCGUCACUUUUGUUAAGAACGAGCUGAAGCGAAUUAAGAGGGUUCUGUCUUCAAAUGACCCAGGAUGCUUACAGAGUAUGGAAGAGGAGAAGCUGGUCAGCAAUGAAGACGAGCAGGUGGGGGUCAGCAGAGAGGCAUUUCUGAAGAUCACGCUGGAAUUCCUGAAGAGAAUGAAACAGGAGGAUCUAGCUGACUGCCUGCAGAGCAGAACUCAGACUGAAGGAACUGCAGAUUGCAGAAAUAAACUGAAGUCUAACCAGAAGAAGAAGUUUCAGUAUGUGUUUGAGGGGGUUGCUAAAGCAGGAAACCCAGCUCUUCUGAAUCAGAUCUACACAGAGAUCUACAUCACAGAGGGAGAGACUGCAGAGGUCAAUAAUGAACACGAGGUCAGACAGAUUGAAAGAGCAUCCAGGAAACAGAACCAACCUGAAACUAUGAUCACACUUGUGGACAUCUUUAAACCCUCACCUGGACGAGAAGAACCAAUCAGAACAGUGAUGACUAAAGGAGUUGCUGGGAUUGGGAAGACAGUCUUAACACAGAAGUUCACUCUGGACUGGGCUGAAAACAAAGCCAAUAAGGACGUACACUUCACAUUUCCAUUCACUUUCAGAGAGCUGAAUGUGCUGAAAGAACAAAAGUACAGUUUGGUGGAACUCAUUCAUCACUUUUUUACUGAAACCAAGGAAAACGAAAUCUGCAGGUUUGAAGAUUUUAAGGUCGUGUUCAUCUUUGAUGGUCUGGAUGAGUGUCGACUUCCACUGGACUUUCACAACAAUGAGAUCCUGACUGAUGUUGCAAAAUGCACCUCAGUGGAUGUGCUGCUGACAAACCUCAUCAGGGGGAAACUGCUUCCCUCUGCUCAGCUUUGGAUAACCACACGACCAGCUGCAUCCAGUCAGAUCCCUCCUGAGUGUGUUGACAGGGUGACAGAGAUCAGAGGGUUUAAUGACCCACAGAAGGAGGAGUACAUCAGGAAGAGAUUCAAAGACGAGGAGCAGGCCAGCACAAUCACCUCCCACAUCAAGAAAUCCCGAAGCCUCUACAUUAUGUGCCACAUCCCGGUCUUCUGCUGGAUCACUGCUACAGUUCUGGAAGAGAUGCUGAAAACAAGAGAGCCAGGAGAGCUGCCCAAGAACCUCACUGAGAUGUACAUUCACUUCCUGGUGAUUCAGUCCAAACUGAAGAACAUUAAGUAUGACGGAGGAGCUGAGACUGAUCCACACUGGAAUAGAAAUAACAAAGAGGUGAUUUUGUCUCUGGGAAAACUGGCUUUUGAGCAACUGCUGAAAGGCAACUUGAUCUUCUAUGAAUCAGACCUUGAAGAGAGUGGGAUUGAUAUUAAAGCAGCCUCAGUGUGCUCAGGGGUUUUCACACAGAUCUUUAAAGAGGAGAGAGGACUGUACCAGGAAAAGGUGCUCUGCUUCAUUCAUCUCAGCAUUCAAGAGUUUCUGGCUGCUCUUCAUGUCCAUCUGACAUUCACCACCUCUGGUGUUAAUCUUCUGUCAGAAGAACAGACACCAUCCUGGUUGUCUCAGUUAUUAGUUGACAAAUCAACAAGUUUCUACCAGAGUGCAGUCGACAAGGCCUUGAAAAGUCCAAAUGGACACCUGGAUUUGUUCCUCCGCUUCCUUCUCGGUCUUUCAGUAGAGACAAAUCAGAAACAUCUAAAAUGUCAUCAUACAAAGACAGGACAUGGCUCACAGAUCCAAAAGAAAACGGUUCAAUACAUCAAGAUGAAGAUCGGUAAUAAGUUGUCUCUGGAGAAAAGUAUCAAUCUGUUUCACUGUCUGAAUGAACUCAAUGACAGUUCUCUAGUGGAGGAGAUCCAAGAGUACCUGAGAUCAGGACGUCUUGAGAUUGAUGAACUAAGUCAUGCUCAGUGUUCAGCCCUGGUGUUCAUCUUACUGUCACCAGAAAGAGACCUGGAUGUGUUUGACCUGAAGAAAUACUCUGUUUCAGAGCAGACUCUUCUGAGGCUCCUGCCAGUGGUUAAAGCCUCCAACAAAGCUUUACUGAGUAGCUGUGACCUGACAGAAAGAAGCUGUGAGUCCCUGUCUUCAGUUAUCAGCUCCCAGUCAUCUAAUUUGAGAGAGCUGGACCUGAGUAACAACAACCUGCAAGACUUGGGGGUGAAGCUGCUUUCUGCCGGACUAAAUACUCCAAAUUGCAAACUAGCUGUACUCAGGUUCAGUGGUUGCUCAUUGUCUCAUGAAAGCUGUGAGGACCUGUCUACAGUUUUCAGCUCUCAGCCAUCUAAUCUGAGAGAGCUGGACCUGAGUAACAACAACCUGCAGGAUUCAGGGAUGAAGAUACUCUCAGCAGGACUAAGGAGUCCAAACUGUACAUUGGAAACUCUCAGGUUGAGAAGCUGCCAACUGUCUGCAAGAAGCUGUGAAGCUCUGUCCUCAGUUCUUAGCUCCCAGUCCUCUAGCCUGAGAGAGCUGGACCUGGGUGACAACAACCUGCUGGAUUCAGGAGUUAAACUGCUGUCUGCUGGACUGGAGAGUCUAAACUGUAAACUGGAAACAUUAAGACUGUCAAGCUGUCUAAUCUCAGAGGAAGGAUGUUUAUCCCUUGCCUUAGCUCUGCGCUCCAACCCCUCCCAUCUGAGAAAGUUCGACCUGAGCAACAAUCAACCUUCUGAGUCAGGAGUGAAGCAACUGUCUGCUGUAAUGGAGGAUCCACGCUGCCUCAAGGUGGACUAUGGUGGACUGCAGAGACUUAAACCUGGUAUCAAAAAGUAUGUCUGUGAACUGGAAGUAGACACAAACACACUGAGCAGAAACCUCACACUGUCUGCUGACAAAAGGACGGUGACUUAUGUGGAGAAGUAUCAGCCUUAUCCUGAUCAUCCAGACAGUUUCAAAUGUCCUCAGGUGUUUUGUACAAAUGCUUUAACAGGUCGCUGUUACUGGGAGGUUGAGUAUACAGGAGAUGUUAAUGUAUCAGUGGCUUACAGAAGAAAGAACAGCAGAGGAGUAAUUGAAUUAGAGUUUGGGGAUUGUGAUCAGUCCUGGAGUCUGAGAAGAUCUAUAUAUGGUGGUUAUAAAGUCUGUCACAAUGGUGUUGGAACAUACAUCUCACCCUCCUGUUCCUCAGAAAGAGUAGCAGUGUACUUGGACCAUCCUGGUGGCACUUUGUCCUUUUACAUAGUUGAUGAUGGCACGCUGGUGCACCUCCGCACGUUCAAAACCACAUUCACUGAGCCUCUUUAUGCUGGGUUUGCUUUCCAGAACAGAUAUUAUAGUUCAUCAGUGUCUCUGUGCUCUCUGUAGGUCUAAGAGUCUCAGACAUUCUGCUGACUCUCCUUCACACACACUCUGCAAUGUAAUGACCAUCUGUCAAAGAGUCAGACACAGAUCCAAUUUGUAUAUCAUUAUAUUGACAAUUUCUUCUAUUUUUGAAAUCGAACACUUACUGAAUAAGGUUCUUUUUUAUCUUAGUGAUAAAAAUCUAUUUCUUGGUUGACAAAUUAAAAUGGUCGCCUGCUGUAUUGGACAUGGGUGAUAUCGAUAUAAUGUCACAUUAAUGCAGACUAAAUGAGUAAGAAAAACUAUGUCCUAUCAUAGAAUAAAUUGUUAUUUUAUUUGUUGUUUAUUUAACUCAAAUGAGAAUAUAGAUCAAUCAUCACAAAAAUCAACAACACAUUUUUCGACUGUCAGUUGACUUAAGGCAAAAUUUGACGAAUCAGUCUCGACUAUGUAAAUCCUUAGUUGGGGACAGGCCAAAAAAAUCAUUUUUAUGAAUAGAUUCUGUUGACUGCGAUAAAUUUAAAUAGCAUCCACAUUCUGUCACCUCGAUGGGCUAAUAUUGACCUCCCAUUCCCUGUUUCAGACUAAGCUAGAGCUCAGAGGAAGUGACUGUCCCUGUUCUUACGUAUCUAUACCAGAGGUGAGAUUCUCUGUCCAAGCCCGGGCCGACAUGACGGCCCGUAGCUGGGUCAGGGCAGUUAAUGGACUUGAGCUUCUUUUCUAGUCUUCUGACAACUCAGAACGCUUUUACACUACAGGUCACACCUACACAUUCACACACUGAUGGUAGAGACUGCUAUUUAAAGUGGCAAUCAGAAGUAACUUAUCCCAUUCAUACACUGAGGGAGCAAUUUGGGAUUAAGUGUCUUGCCCAAGGACACAUUGGACAUGUGGCUGCAGGAGCUGGGGAUCAGACCCCCAACCUUCCAUUUGAGAGACGUCCGACUCUACCACUGAGCCAAAGGCGCCCAUGGGACAGUUGUAAAAUGAGAGUAAUUCUCAUUCGUCUGAAUCCGUGUGUCUUUAUUCCCCUCUGACAAUAUUUCUGUUACUUUGUAAAAAAAAAAAAAAAAACCUGUUUAGGGCCUUCAAAAUAAAUGUAUCGAGUGAAUCAAAGCCUCUUACUUUACUUUUUAUUUCUGUGACACAGAACUUAAUUUUCGUCAUUUUACUUUAAAUUCACAAAGGACAUUUCCUGAACAAUCGUCUCGAUGUUUUAUUGUGAAAAACAUUCAGGAAGCAGUAUGUGUACACUGUGGCAACAUUAACUUAAGUAAAGCAUAUGAUGUUUUUUUUAUUUUUUU